GUGAAAUUGAAAAGUUGAUCAAUAAAUUCAAUUUACUCGCCACUAUUAAUCACCGAACAGUACAAGUGUGAAAUUAAAUGUUAAUUGUCAUCUAAAAGUCAGUGUAAACCAAUAUGACCAGGAGAAGGGGAAAAAUUAACCAGAAAUUUUCAAAACAUUAGACAAAGGAAUCAAUGGGUUCUAAAAAAGAUUUUCAAUUCACAGGAAAGUCAAGAUUGACAAACAUCUAUGUAAAUAGUCAGAACUUUCUUGAAGCUCAGGUUACUGACAAAAAUUGAACGUGAGAAAAAUAUUCAAGAACAGAUUGGGGAAAAUCACAGAAUCCGUAUUUAAAUACUUUAAGUGAAAGCAAAAGCAUUUUGAUUUGUAAACUCCUCUUUAUUGUUGUGAUUGUUGCAAAUAGCUGGACUCGCUCAUUAAUUAUUUAUCGUUAAUUUCAAUUUAUGUUAAAUUAUUAACUACAAAACCUUAUAUUACCAGAAAAAAACUGGAAACAUUGGAUUAUGGCGACAUUAUUUACCUUUCUCUAGCCAUCUUUAAAGGUGUUUAUUUUCAUGUAACAAUAGUCUUUUCAAUGCUACAGAAGUGAAGGAUUUUUGGUUUUCAUCUUAUUUCUAUUCAACAUGGACAGCGUCCAGUUUAACCAAUCUAUUGUCCGACUACAAUUUAAUAUUUAAAUUCUGGUUAGAUAAGUAUUUACCAAAAUUUUAACCUAAGGUUGAGAGUUGAGACUUUUUAGGUUUGUAACAGCAUAAAAAGGAGAUCAGAUGGUAACCAGAUUUUGUUGAAAUCUCGUUCUUUAAUUUGGGUAAAAUUUAGGUUCAAUUUUUUACAAUAGCUUCUGUGAUCAAUUUACUCUUGUUGAUUAAUGGGAAAGUCACACAAAUUUACAUUAAUUUUACGAUUGAGUCAAUUGUUGAAACGUUUAAAUUGAUGAAAGUUGUUUAAUUUGAUCAAAUUGAAAAUGAAAUGGGUUAAUUUUUUAACUCACAAUCAUUGAUACCUUUGUUUUCAAUCAUUUCAUUUUUUUUCAUCACCAUCAUCAUUAUCAUCAUCUUUCCGAGUCUCUCUACUGAAUUGAAGGUUUCUCAUUAAAACAGUUGAAUAGUUAAACUACUAACUAUUGAAGAUGAGAAUUAAUAAUGAUAAUCGAUUUCAUUAGUAAUCAUCAAACUGUUGAUCAUCAUCAUUUUCAUCAUCAUAGUGAUCAACAAAAUCAUGAGAAACACUCAUUCUAAUCAAUAUCAAAUCAUUUUUUACAAUCAAAUGUUAAUGUUUAUUUCCUAUUUUUUGUGUACCUUUCUUACCAUCUCAAUUAAUAAUCUAACUCAAUUAAUUUUAAUCUAGUUGCUAAUUGACAAUGAUUUUAGAUUUGUUUCAACUUGUAACGUUCAUCUUGCUUUAUACAAGCAAUUGUAUUUGGUGUGGAGAGGUCACUUCACCACUUUCAGAGGAUUGGUCAUUUGACCAGUUGAUUCCUAAAAAUUAUAAAAAGAUGAGACCACCUCAAGUCAAUGGUGAAGCUGCCCAAGUUAAUAUUACAUUGGCUUUAAAGCAGCUUAUAGCUGCCAACGAGGCCGAACAGGUAAAAUAUCAAUAUGAAUAUAUCAAGUCAAUUACUAUGGACUUAUUUUUCUACCAACGAUGGGUUGAUCACCGGAUUCGACUACCGCAAGAUUUAGACUCAAUCACAUUGGAUUCGUCCUGGAAAAGUAAAUUAUGGAUUCCCAAUUUACAUUUUGUCAACUCUCUAUCCAAUACACCGGUUGACUUGUUGUCUAACCCAUUGUAUAUUGAACUGGCCAAUGGAAGUCAUUUUACAAUGGCUACUCGUGUUAUUGUUAAAUUGACCUGUCAUAUGGAUCUAUUCAAUUUCCCUCAGGACACUCAAAUUUGCAAUAUUGAUUUGGCCUGUGUUGAUUGGUCCAAUCGGAGUGUCAACUUUUUCCUGGACAAAUUCACUAUGGAUGAUUUGGAUGAUUUCCCGAAAUUUGAGAUAACAGAUUAUUUCAUUGAGAAAUGUUCAUUCUAUCGAGGACCCGAUUUUCCCUGCAUACGAGUUCAACUCGAGUUAUUCCGCCGUAUAUCAUAUUAUGCCAUUAGAAUCUACGGACCAAGCUGUCUUUUAACAUUGACUUCAUUUGUUGGUUUUUGGAUUCCAGCUUUAGGAUAUCCUGCCAGGGUCGCAAUUAGUGUAACACCUCUUCUAGCCUUGGUUACCCAGCAAAUGCAAAUCAAUGCAGAAAUCAAUGUAUCUUAUGUUGUUGCCCUUCAUAUUUGGAUGAUGAUACAGAUCUUUUUCGUAUUCAUGUCACUGAUUGAAUACGUUUUUGCCAUAGUUUACGUCCAUUUAGUUGAAGAAAAGAAAGAGUAUCUCCGGUCAGCCACUUAUCGUCUACAGUGUACCGCCGAUUCCAAUAAAGUUAGCCAUGCAAUCAAACUGGCGUUGAAUAAAAUUUAUGGUCCAGUUGAUUGGUUCAAGAAUCCAUUGGAUAGGAACAAAAUUGAUUAUGUUGCAAGGGUCUUAUUUCCAUUAACUUAUAUAUUAUUCCUUAUUAUUUAUGCUUCCAUUUUUGUGUUCCCCUGGAUGUUUUCAAAACACCCUAGCCAAGCAAAAUCCAAGCUGUCCAAGCCAACCGAAAUCGCCAACGCCAUCAAUGCAUCAAGAAACUAUUAUAAGAGUUACUCUUUUACCAAUCCGUUCAUCAAAUUCAAGUCACCAUAAAAGCUAAAGUGUGAUUCAUUUUUCAUUUAUAUUCCUAUUCCUGACCUUUCCCGAUUUCAGAAUUCAUCUGACUUUAUCAGUCAUUAAUUAGUGAUACAAUAUUUCAAAAUUUUUGAACGAGUCACUUGGUGUUCAGAUAUGUUGGAGUAUUAAUAGCUAAUGGUAAAGGAAUGUCUCUUGAUUAUUUUGUCCUGUUUAAGUUUCCUAUGAUCUUGCAAUGCUUUUGAUUGAUUGGAAACAAAAAUGCAAUCGCUUUCAACUAGUCAUCUUCAAAGUCGAUCAAGUUAUUUGUAAAAAAUGAACAAUAAGUUUAAUUGAGAGUAAAUUAUAUUCAGUUUAAA